AUGGAAAUUCUUCAUGAAGACCAUGAAGACUCGUUACUUCUGGUGAAUAUAAUGAGAAUUAAAAGAAUUAUUAAUUACAAUGCUUUUGACCCAAUGGAUAGGUGGGAUUUUUUGAAACAUAUCUUAGAUAAAGACACAUCAAGCAACCAAGCUGGAUCGGGGCUAUGGAUCUUGCCAUCUUAUUUUAAUCAUUCAUGCAUUGAUAUAAAUGUUGACCGAUUUUGUCUUGGAGAUUUAAUGUUAUUAAGAACCUGUAGACUUAUUUUGAAAGAUCAGGAACUAAAUAUUGCCUAUUGUCAUCCCGUGAGUUCAUACGAAAUACGAUCUAAGCAUCUGAAUAAAUAUGAUAUAAAUUGUCAAUGUCGACUUUGCAAGUUAGAUAGAUCUGAAACACAAAAAAUUAGACUUCGUCGGGCCAACAUCCUUGAAAUUUUUGAAAAAUCUUUCUUUCCUCGAGCAAAGUCAUUGCUUAAUGGCUUUAAACCUGAUCUUUCUCUCGCUAAAGAAAUGACAGAAAAAGUUUCCGAACUAAGUGAAUUGCGAAAAAAACAUCCUGAGUUAGAUUUACAAUCAUUUGAACCAAAGAUACUUCUAGCUUUGAUACAUGCUCAAAAUGGGAAUUUUUGUCAAUCCCUUUCUGGCAUGCAGGAGAUGUAUAAUUUAUUGAAAGUAUAUCGACUUCCACUAACCGCACAGGCCUUUCAAAUUUCAAUUCUCCACUUUAAACUUGGGCAGUUAAAGGAAGCUGAAAGGUGGUUUGAUGUGACACUUAAGGAGAUUACAGAACCACUAAGAGGAAAAUUUAAGGAAGAUAAGUGGAAAAAGGAGGCGUUAGAUUUAACAAAAAGAAUAAAACCAGAAAUAAUAUCAUCUGCUAUAAAUAUGAGACUUAUUUAA